AUGGAACGGAAAUCGAAGUACAUCACGGUACCAUGGAAUGAUAAAGAGAAGAAAGACGGUCUGAGUAUGGAUGGUGAGCCAGAUUGGAUCAGCAGAAUGGCGGAGGAGCAGGUGAUAAUUCGACAAUCUAGUGGAGAGGAAGCAGACCGCUCCUCCAGCGAGGGGGCUCCCGAGGAGGAUUCACAUGGAGUCUUUCACUUCGACGACGACAGAUUUGGUAAUGUGACUGUGUACAAUAAUAUUUCCCGGCAUCACAUCGCUGAUAAAUCCAGAAAUUCAGAAUACUUGAACGUUGGACAAAAGUAUAUGGUGAACGGGCAUAAAACGGACAGUCUCCAGAGUGGGCAGUCGCACAAAGUGCAUUAUGCUGAUGAUGUGGGAAUUAUUUCGAACAAAAACUCCCCUCCGAGUUCAAUAAACGCGCUGGACAAAACGACACAGAAAGAAAUAAGUCGGAGAAGGCGUCGACGAAUCUGUACAGUCAUUCUUUUGUUAUUACUGGCUUUAAUUAUCGGGUUUGGGAUCGGACUACUAGUGUAUUUCCUACUUCUAAACGAGGGAACUGGCGAAACCUUACAAGAAGCCCAGAAAGAAUCUGUUAUAGUGAAGCUUAAGCUACCAAUUUUAAAUGAAACAUACACAUCAGAAAUGGGUGAUAUCACUUCCGGUGAUUUUCGUCGAAUAUCAGAACCACUCUGUGAAGAGAUGAAAUUUUAUUUUCAACACGAAAAGGGCUUUGUCAUGUGUAACGUCAAUGAAAUAAGAAAUGUUUCCAGAUCAGUAGAAUGUAAAUGCAAAUCAAUCACACAUCAGUCUGGCCAUUCCUCGCUGGAGGUGGUAGUCGAUCUUACUUUCGUGGAGUCAAUGAGAGGAGAAGAUAUUCUAAGGAUAUUGGAUACCAAAGCCAAAAAACUGUUCUUUGAUGGAUUCGAGGUUGUAUUGAUUAAGAAUUUCAUCGUGGAUAUUAAGGGAAGAGGUCAAAAUGAUGCUUGUAUACCCUCACCUUGCCAAAACAGUGGACUUUGUCAGACGACAGACGAUGGCGAUAUAGCCUGUGCAUGCCCAACUGGAUGGACCGGAAGUCGAUGUGAAUUUGACGUCAAUACCUGUAUCCAGUUUCCUUGUGGAAACAACGGAGUCUGUCAUGAAAAACUCGGAGAAGAUUCGUGUAUAUGUAAAAGAGGCUGGAAUGGGCGUCAGUGCGAAAUUGACAUAGACGAAUGCAUGGAAGUGCCGUGUAAAAAUGGUGGAACUUGUGUCAAUACGAAUGGUUCCUUUUAUUGUACCUGUCCACCGUCCUGGGAAGGAUUGUAUUGUGACGUAGAUAUAGAUGACUGUGCGAAGACUCCCUGUCAGCACGGCGGUACUUGUAUCAAUGACAUUGGUUUUUAUAACUGCACGUGUCCUCCCAGCUGGACAGGAAAAAACUGCCAUGAAGACAUUGAUGAAUGUAACCUGGUCCCAUGUCAUAACGGAGGGACCUGUCAGAACACACAAGGAUCCUACCUGUGUUCCUGUGACUUGGGGUGGAUUGGUAAACACUGCAAUACUGAUGUUGACGAGUGUAUCAAUUAUCCAUGUCAGCGGGGUGGAAUUUGUCGCAAUACCAACGGAUCGUACAACUGCGCAUGCCCAGACGGGUGGAAUGGCCAAAACUGUGAAUAUGAUAAAAACGAAUGCCAAUCAAACCCUUGUCAAAAUGGUGGAUUUUGUGAAAAUACAAAUGGUUUUUAUCGCUGCCGCUGUGGCGAUGGAUGGAUGGGUCAAAACUGCCACAUAGAUGUUGACGAAUGUCUACAAUUCCCCUGCCAGCAUGGCGGUCUAUGUCGUAAUCUAAAUGGUACAUAUUUCUGUGAUUGUCCAUCGGGGUGGAUAGGACCGCAUUGUCAAUUUGAUGUCAACGAGUGUUUACGGACACCAUGUUCAAACAAAGCAGUGUGUAUCAACGAUAUGGGCUCUUACCGUUGUGUUUGUCCCGACGGACUCACGGGACAAAACUGUGACUAUGAUAUCAACGAAUGUGUAUCUUCUCCUUGUUAUCACAACGGAACGUGUCUUAAUACAGCUGGGUCUUAUUCUUGCACGUGUUUGGACGGAUUUUCUGGGAAACAUUGUGAAAAUGAACUUUCCACGUGUUCCUCCAUCACCUGCUAUAAUGGAGGUGUAUGCCAGGAGUCCGCCGGAAAGGACACGUGCGAAUGUACGCCAGGAUGGACGGGUACCCAGUGCCAAUAUGACGUGAAUGAAUGUCAGCAAAACCCGUGUAAGAACGGAGGCGUCUGUAAUAACGUGAUAGGGUCUUUUGUUUGCACUUGUCCAGUCGGCUUCGGGGGAACAGACUGCUCUCAAGAUGUGAAUGAAUGUUUACAGAAUCCUUGUUCCAAUAGUGUGGCAUGUCAGAAUGUUCCUGGAAGUUAUACAUGUGUCUGUAAUCCUGGAUGGAAAGGCCAAGAUUGUGAUAUUGAUAUUAAUGAAUGCUUACUGAAUCCCUGUCAGAACUUAAGUCCGUGUACCAACAAUUUGGGUUCUUACACGUGCGCAUGUUCGCCUCACUGGACUGGACAAAACUGCAAUAUAGACGUCAAUGAAUGCCUUUAUCUUCCGUGCCACCACGGUGCACGAUGUGACAAUUUCCAGGGAGGAUAUGUCUGUUCCUGUAAGAAUGGGUGGACGGGACAAAACUGUGACGCAGAUAUUAAUGAAUGUGCGGAGUCUCCCUGUACCAAUGGGGCUCAGUGUGUGAAUGUAGAUGGCUCCUAUGUGUGUGACUGUCCCACCGGAUGGACAGGAUCCCUGUGUAGUACAGAUCUAAAUGAAUGUGAUCAGAACCCAUGCCAGCACGCCAGUGGGUGUAGCAAUCUCCCUGGUAACUACAGCUGUCAGUGUCUACAAGGUUGGACGGGAACAAACUGUGAAUUCGACAUCGAUGAAUGUGCCACUUCCCCGUGCCAGAAUAGCGGAGUUUGUGUGAACAUAGACGGAUCAUAUCGGUGUUCAUGCGGAAAUGGGUUCACAGGUCCACACUGUGAACAAGAUUUGAAUGAAUGUCAGAAUAAGCCUUGUAAUAAUGGAUUUUGCUGGAAUACUAAUGGAGGAUAUACCUGCUCUUGUUUCCAAGGAUGGACCGGGAUUCACUGUGAUAUUGAUGUGAAUGAAUGCCUGGCAACACCAUGUAUACACGGUACCUGCAGUAACACCUUAGGAUCGUAUCAGUGUCGCUGUACUUCUGGGUGGAGCGGGGUUAACUGUGAUAUAGAUAUCAACGAGUGCAAUAACAAUCCAUGCAUCAAUGGGUCCUGUACAAAUACCCAGGGUUCCUAUCAGUGUAAUUGUCAGAACGGCUGGUCAGGAAUCGAUUGUGAUUUAAAUAUAAAUGAGUGUGUUUCCGGCCCUUGUCAACAUGGCGGAGUCUGUCAAGAUCUACCUGGAUCAUUCAUCUGCAGCUGCCCCGUUGGAUGGACUGGACAGUACUGCGAUCUUGAUAUAGAUGAGUGUCAAUAUGGCCCAUGUCAGCAUAACUCGGUCUGUAGCAAUGCUCUAGGUGGAUACCGAUGUGACUGCACUCAAGGAUGGACUGGUCAAAACUGUGAAAGUGAUGUAAACGAGUGUGAGCAAUUCGUUUGUCAAAAUGGUGGAUUAUGUGCCAAUGUAAAUGGAUCAUAUUUGUGUCAGUGUCCGGAUGGAUGGACAGGACUACAUUGUGAACAAGAUAAAGACGAAUGUGCAGAAGGCAGAUGUCAGCACAAUGCACAGUGCUACAAUAGUGAUGGAUCAUAUGUGUGCAUUUGUCCAAAGGAAUGGCAGGGCCGAAAUUGUGAAAUUGAUGUAGAUGAAUGUUUGACAUCACCAUGCUUGAACGGUGGAUCCUGUCAGAAUCUUCCCGGUUCGUAUGUCUGUCAAUGCACACAGAACUGGGCGGGGCAAAUUUGCCAACAAGAUAUCGACGAAUGUUUGGCUCCCCCUUGUCAAAAUGGUGGAUUUUGUCAAAAUACACUUGGAAAUUAUUCAUGUACCUGCAGAGGUGGAUGGACUGGUAUUCAUUGUGAAAAUGAUAUCAAUGAAUGUCUGCUGAAUAAUGUAUGUGAAAAUGGAGGCUUUUGCAUCAAUACAGCUGGCUAUUACCAGUGCCAGUGUCCCCCACAAUGGACAGGAGAUAAUUGCGAAGUGGAUGUCAACGAAUGCUCAGACACGCCAUGUUUACAUGGAUCUGCGUGUACCAAUAACAAUGGAUCUUAUGCCUGUAUUUGCCGUCCUGGAUGGAUUGGAACGCGUUGUGAAUCGGAUAUAAAUGAAUGCAAUACACCAAAUCAAUGCAGAAAUGGAGGAAAAUGUACAAAUAUUGAAGGAUCUUUCAAUUGCGCAUGCCCUCUGGGCUGGACGGGGGAAACAUGUCAACUUGAUGUCGACGAAUGUCCUUCUCGUCCCUGCAUGCAUGGUGGAAUCUGCACGAAUCUUCUUGGGUCUUAUCAAUGUCAAUGCCAAACUGGAUGGACGGGGGCUAACUGUGAGCAAGAUGUAAACGAAUGCUUGAGUCAGUCGUCUUGUUUUAAUGGUGGACUUUGUACCAAUACCCAGGGUUCCUUUUUCUGUACUUGUGGGAUAGGAUGGACUGGGAAUGACUGUAGUCAGAAUAUCAAUGAAUGUUUGCAGAAUCCAUGCCAGCACAACGCCACCUGUGUUGACCUACAGGGUUAUUACAAGUGUCAGUGUGACAGUGGUUAUGCUGGAUAUAACUGUGAACUGGAUAAGAAUGAGUGCGAUAACAGCCCCUGCCUUCACCAGUCCACCUGUAUUAAUUUGAUGGGUUCUUAUUUAUGUAUCUGCCAAGCAGGUUGGACUGGAAAUAACUGUCAAUUAGACAAAGAUGAAUGCAGUAGCGAUCCUUGUCAGAACGGCGGAACCUGUAUCAACAGAAAUGGAUCUUACCAGUGCAGCUGUACCCCGGGUUGGACAGGAACAAAUUGUACUACAGAUGUUGACGAAUGUCAGGCGAGGCCUUGUAAGAAUGGCGGAACCUGCUUAAACACCUAUGGAUCUUACGUGUGUACUUGUCCGUUGGGAUGGACAGGUUUGAACUGUGAAAGUGAAUUCCACGAUUGUCUCUCGGAUACUUGUCUAAAUGGCGGAACGUGUUAUGAUCGACCUGGAACCUUCUUUUGUGCUUGUCCCCCAGGAUUUGCAGGACAGAUCUGUGAAAAUGACAUUAACGAGUGUUCAGACCCGCUAUCAUGUGUACAUGGUACGUGCAGCAAUGGUUAUGGUUCCUUUGUUUGCCAGUGUUAUCAGGGCUGGACAGGAGCAAAUUGUGACAUUGAUGUAAAUGAAUGCUUGACAACACCUUGUAGAAAUGGAGGAACUUGUUUAAACAUGGCUGGAUCUUACUCGUGUGCUUGCUCACAAGGAUGGAAAGGUCGAAACUGUUCAGAAGACAUAAACGAAUGUGUCACCUCGCCAUGUAUCCACGGCUCGUGUAAUAACCUACCCGGAACAUUCCAGUGUGUUUGUGAUAACGGAUGGACGGGACAAUUUUGUGAUCAAAAUGUGGAUGACUGUUUGAACAACCCAUGCCAGAAUGGCGGAACAUGUGUAGAUAAGGCAGACUCGCACACUUGUUUGUGUGUGGCGGGAUGGACAGGACAGAACUGUACUAUAGGUUAUAAGAUUACUAAUAUCGCUAACAGUCAGUGCGUAUCGUUGGUGUCGUGUAUACUUUUUGCCGGGAUAAAUUCAAAUCUGUGCGAAUUUAGAUUUCUUUCAUAUUAUUGUAUUGUAGAUGUGAACGAAUGUAUUGCCUCUCCUUGUGUACAUGGGUCCUGUAGUAACAUUUUGGGUUCAUUUUCCUGUAGUUGUCAAUCCGGCUGGUCGGGAAGACUCUGUGAUAAAGGUAUUCUGAUAACUGAAGAUUUGAAUGGUCUCAUUUUGAAUUGGUUGUGUAAUCUUUCAGUCUCAACACUUUUCUGUCACAUGACCAGAUAUUCUUUGUAUUGUCCAAUGAUUUCAGACAUCAAUGAAUGUUUAACCUCUCCCUGUGUCCACGGCUCGUGUAAUAACUUAGCUGGGUCCUUCCUCUGUAACUGUAAUGCUGGAUGGACAGGCGCUCUGUGUGACAUCGAUGUAAAUGAGUGCACGAAUUUUCCCUGUGUCCAUGGUACAUGUGGUAAUUCUGCCGGGUCAUUUGAAUGUACAUGUGAUCUAGGCUGGUCGGGAACUGUUUGUGAUCAAGAUAUAAAUGAAUGUUUAAGCACUCCCUGUGUACAUGGUACCUGCACCAAUAAGUUAGGAUCUUUCCAGUGUUCCUGUGAACUAGGAUGGACGGGAACUAUGUGUGACCAAGAUAUAAAUGAAUGUUUAAGCACUCCCUGUGUACAUGGUACCUGCACCAAUAAGUUAGGAUCUUUCCAGUGUUCCUGUGAAUUAGGAUGGACUGGGUCUCUGUGUGACCAAGAUAUCAACGAGUGUUUACUACUUCCGUGUGUCCAUGGGAAAUGCAGCAACAAUAUUGGAUCCUUUAAGUGUACGUGUGAUACAGGAUGGACUGGAAAUCUGUGUGAAAUAGAUAUUGAUCACUGCUCCCUGAGACCGUGUAUCCAUGGCGCGUGUACAGACACUGGCUCCACGUAUAGCUGUACUUGCGAUCCAGGCUGGACCGGACAAAAUUGUAGCCAAGAUAUAAACGAAUGUGUUACAUUAGCUCCCUGUGCCAAUGGAGGAACUUGUACAAAUGUUGACGGAACAUUCAUCUGUGCAUGCCCAUUGGGAUGGACAGGAACAACUUGUAGGACUGAUAUUGAUGAGUGUCUUGUGUCUCCUUGUCUUCAUGGCAACUGCUCAAAUGUGUUUGGGUCAUAUUCUUGUUUGUGUGAGGCAGGGUGGAUUGGAGCCAACUGUAGUCAGGAUGUAGACGAAUGUCUUCAGAUCUCUUGUUUGAACAAUGGUACCUGUGUGAACACACCGGGUUCCAAUUACUGCCAAUGCCCAGUUGGCUUGUCUGGUGACAGGUGCGACUUAGUAGAUAUCACGGAUAUUACGAUGACCUUUGACAUCGUUAACUUUCCUUGGGUGGAUGAUCUUGCGGACAACUCGUCAAUAAUUUUCCAAAGCUAUGCUGGAAGAUUCUGUCGAGACGUAGACAUAAUCUUUGCCUUUCGCGCAGCAGAUUACCCCGGUUAUCUGUACUGCAAAGUUGCAUCCUUUGGACAAGACCCUCAGAACAUAUCGAUAGUCCUCACAUUUGGGGGACAUGAAUACACCCCAGGAUUUGAUAAACAAUUGAGAGAAGCUAUAUUUGAGACAACUCGGGAAUAUCGAUACCUGAGUUACAUUGUUCAUUUGAUUGGUGAUGUUCUCAUUGUUUCCGGCAGAAUAGAACAUGAUUCCUGGAUCAGCAAUAUGACGAUGUAUAUAUAUGACGAUUUCCAAUACCGACCUGAAUACUCCGAUAUAAAUUCCACAGAAUUCAAAUCGUUUGAAAGUUCUUUCUGCAAUGAUAUUGACUCCUACUUUAAAAACGGCAAUUUGACAUCAAGAUACUAUCGAUGCUUCUUUGAUCAUAUAGGGACUGUACAGCCACACACGCUUACAUUUAUCAUGGUAUUCAAUGGUACAGAAACAGUUUCACGUGACGUAACCACUGAAGUGAUUAGUGCUGGAGCUCAGCAUUAUAAAGUUGGAAAUUUGGAUUUGAUGUUCAUUGGUUCUCAAUUUGUUUAUUUCCAUCGUGGGUACAAUAACAUCGCCAUUAACAUAUCAGAUUUUACAACCACCUUCGCUCCUCUGACGACAGAAAGUCCACUGAAAACGCUGAUCAACAUAACAUUUGUACUGAAAAACUUAACCUACACGCAGCAGUUGACAAACACAGAUUCCCAAGAGUUCAAGGCUCUGGCUUACCCUUUUUGUAGAUAUUUAACGGAUCUUUACUCAACUCGGGACCGAUUCAAAUAUAUCUACGAGUUAUGUCAAGUGAUGGCGUUCAUCCAAGAAAACGGAAAAGAUAAAAUCAAUUUCAUUCUGCAGUUUAAGGGGGCUCAAGAUCCUACACUACAAGAGUUUAUCUAUGGAAUCCUUAUAGAGAACGCCCCACGGGCAAUAGUUAAUGGCGAAAUAUCUAUAAUCGUGGGUCCACUGGCAGUAUUUGACGACUCCCUGGCUAUCAACCAGGCUACCGUCACAUACUCGCUGCCACCAGAUCUUACAACGCCCAAUACUCUGUUGACGGCAGCGCCCCUAGUGACGGACCCCUGUAAAGAUGCCCCAAACAACGCCAACCUACCUGUUCCUGGAAACUGCCAUCAGUUCUAUAAAUGCUCUUUUGGGAUUUCCUAUCUCUUUGAGUGUCCGGGACAGACCGUCUUCUUUCCCAAUAGAAACCAAUGUGAUAACAACGAUGACACAAUUAAAUGUUAAAUCGUUCUUUUGUUGUCUGAGAAAUCCAUUUUCAUGGACUCAUUUGAUAUAUUUAUUCAAUAUCUCAUGUUUAUAUCAUCGUAUCAUAAUUUUGUCAUAAUAUGAUAUUCUAUCAUACUUUGUUACCAUUUUCGUAUUUUAGUGCAGAUUUACCGUGCUUUAGGUUAGUUUUGUUAAUGAUCUUUUACAUUUCGAGCUAUCCGUUCAGUUUUCGCAACGGCCUUUGUAUCAUUAUUAUGUAGAGACACAAGUCUUGACAUUUUGACUGUUGAAAUGUUUUACAUAUUGGACACAAAUAAAUCAAGAUAUAUUUAUCUCGUAUUCAUGAAGUGUACGCUCCCAGCUUGUGAUCUUAAAUGUAUGGUGAUAAAAGGUUUUUUCUUUCAAGUUUUACAUCUAUUGUUUUAGAUCCUAAAUUGAAUUAAUUUUGUUUGAUUGAAGUUCCGAAUGUUUCUUAAGUUUCCAGGUUUAAAUAAGUAAUAGUCUUCAUCGUUACCCGCAAGUUUUUCAUAAUGGUGAUCAACACCACAGGGCACGAAUGACUGGAGGUUGUUAAACGCUAUUGGAAGUAAUGUUUCUGAACGCAUCAUAAAUGUCUAGGUGACCUCUGAUACCAGGCGCUCCGUCAAAACUAUUUAAUUAAGGCCUAUUCCUGCAGUUGCUGAAUUAUAUGUAUGUACUCUUAGUUGUUUAUUUGUCAUCUCGGAUCAGUGGUACUCUGACCUGUGUUGAAAAAAAAAUUCAUGACCAUGCAAUAAGACUUCGCAAAUAUUUUCCACUGGGUCUGAAUUAUAUGUUUUGCUUUUAUUCAUUUUUAACUAAUUCAUAUAAAGUUAUGAGAAGGCAAUUGAAAAUUAACAACUCAAUACAAUUCUGUUCGAAAGAAUACACUAUUGUUUUAGGGGUAACUAGGCACUACGGAUGUUAUAGUAACCCAUUUAUUAAGGUCUCUUGAAAAUAAUAUAUGCAUUUCAGAUAGAGUAAAAAGAUAACUCAUCUUAUAUAUAAGACUUCAUUUUAUAUUUAAUGUGACAUUCUCCUCUCAGCUUAACAUAAACAAAAGUUGCUACAAUGUAUUUGGUGUUCAUAUUAUUUACCCCAAACACAAAUGUUCCUUUUGCCCAGUGAGUGUUCUGUUGUCACUUAUGUUAGUAGUUACGUUAGUAGUAACACGUCUUAAAAGUAUCUAAUGACUUUCAGGGCGACUAUACAUCCGAGGUCGUUAUAUGUACACCAUCACCCUUGUCAACUAUUCUAAAAAAAGGCCCCGGGGUCAUAAAGCUUAGACGAACCCACCUUUAAUCUAAUUUUCACUUUAAUAAACGGAACAUAUAGUGAAUGAUGAGACUUAGAUCAAAAGUGAGCUCAUUUAAACUUUACUGCGCCGUAGUCUUAUUAAGGAUAGUCGACACGGGUGUUUUAGAUGCUAUAGCUGGUAUGUUCUAAGAUGAAUACACAUCUUUUACCUCAUAUGAAAUAUUAUACUUUUUAUCAUAUAUAAUUGAUAUGUUCACAUAGAAUGAGAGCGCAGUUGUUUGUGUAAUUACUUGGAUUUGCAGCUCAAACUAUUCACCUCUAAAUGUCAAAAGCUCCCAGUAUCUUCUUUCCAGUGAAAUAUAUUUUAUAGUAAAAUAUUUUGUGUUUAUUAUAUAUCAUCAAGCAGGCGCGUAGUUGCCUAUACGCAAGUCCGCAA